AUGCCAGGAAUUCUUCCUAUGAAAGUUAUUAAAGUCGGCAAUAACACGCAAAGCCGUAUCGCCCAAGCGUGUGACCGAUGUCGAAGCAAAAAGAUCCGUUGCGACGGUGUCCGCCCAUGCUGUACUCAGUGCGCCAAUGUCGGCUUCGAGUGCAAAACCAGCGAUAAACUUAGCCGACGAGCUUUUCCUCGUGGAUACACCGAGUCGCUGGAAGAGCGGGUGCGGGCUUUAGAAACUGAAGUUAAGGAUCUCAAGGAUCUGUUGGAUGAGAAGGAUGAGAAGAUUGAUGUGCUCUCUCGGAUACACUCCUUUACUUCGCCUUCGCAGCAGAAAGCUGCUUCCUCUGCUUCUCCACCGUCUCAGUUGGCUAGAUCGACAGCCCCCGCCUCUAACGAUGACGCUGUUCACGUUCCAGAGUCAGUGCCGUCGAGUGAUUCAAAUGAGGUUGAGAAUUCUGGAGUAUCGAACACCCGUGGAUUCACUGAUGUUUUCACCACCAAGUUAGCCGAGCAAGGCCGGUUAGCAACCGAAACUUCCACGAAGGCUUUGACUGCGUCUCCAGCACCCAUUUUCAAUUCUCGUUGCGACCAGUCUCUGAAAACGGCCCCUCGUCUUGUAUCAGAUCAACUUAUCAAUAUCUUCUUCCAAGAAUGGGCUCCGCUUUAUCCAGUUGUCCACCGGCCUACCAUUCUCAAGGCAUACGAGCAAUACCUUUCCAACUCGGAGACAUUCCAGGGAAAUAAACACGAGGUUGCCCAGCUGAAUUUGAUCUUUGCCGUUGCCGCUCUUUCCGCUACUUCGAGAACAAACCAAGAUCCCACCCUAUUUGAGGAGAAUUGGUCGCCGGUCCUUGAGUCACUAUCUGGCGAUGUUUCCAUUUCGACAUUACAGUGCUAUGUGCUUGCUCAAAUGUACUGCUUAACAAAGGGCGACUACUCGACUGUCUUGCGUUAUCGUAGUUUCGCUGUUGGUCUUUGUCACCAGUUGAAACUCCAAAAAAGUCAGAAGCGCUUUUCGUCCAACGCUCUUCUUGCUGAAACUAGGAAGAAAGUAUUUUGGUGCCAAUAUGUUUUGGAUCGCCUUUGCGCGACUCUAACUGGCCUCUCUGUCCUUCUUCGCGAGGAACACAUCCAAACCGAAUACCCCGAAGAUAUUGACGAUGAGAACGUGACGGAAGCCGGGUUUCUACCCACUUUACCAGGGGAGUCGACGCGUAUCUCUAGUGCCCUCGCCCUGUUCUCUGCCUCUCGAGUCUUAAAUAGCACGUUGGACUCUAUUUACCCGUCGGAUGGCGGCUACGAAAUUCCGCUGUCGAAGAUGCGCUCAACUUCAGAACAACUGGAGGAAUGGGUAAAGGGUCUUCCUGCCCAUCUCCGUUUGGAGUUUUCGCAAGACAAGCCCAGCACCAACGUCAUUAGCAGCCGAUCACCACUGUUGUCUUUGGUAUAUUACUUCAUUCGCUCUCUCAUUCACCGCCCUGCUGUCUGUUUCGGUGAGGAUCAUAUUCGCUCCUCGUCCGCACUUGCGCUUGCGGAUUCCGGCAAGCACAUCGUUCAGGUCCUGGAGCUACUUGACGAGCGGCGACUCAGUCUCUCCGUGAGCAUUAACCGAAGAGAACUCAUCAGCGCUUCAGGUAUCGGGCUUCUGUGGCAAAACAUUGGCUUGAAGCGGGACAGCAAACUUGUUAAAGAAAGUCAGAAGGUGCUCACCACGGUCAUCGAUCAACUUGAGGCCGAGUCUUCUGCGGCUGCCGCCGAAUUUAGCGCUAUGGCCACUGUCUUGGUUUCACUAGACAACAAACGCUCAUCGGCCAUGCAAUCGCAGUCGAUGAGUCCUCCGAUGCAGAAACCACUGAAAUCCCCGAAGAAACAGCUUGAGGCAUGGAAAGCACGUUUGACGGGGAACCCAAGCCCGAACAACAACUCUCAGCAGAAGUCGGGGUCUGUAUCUCGCAGAAACACUAUCUCCGGUUCUAGUCCUGGAUUUGUCGAGCGUCAACUACGAUCCCCCAGCUGGGCAAGCCUCCCAACGGAUAACAUUCAACAACAAACUCCAAUGGGCAAGGACUUAUAUAAUUCUGCGCUGGGUUAUGACACCAAUCCUCCCAUGUCCUGCUCCGUCGUCCCUACAGAUGCACCAACGGGAAAUAUGUCGAUGUCGGAUUGGGAAUUUGUGGUGAGCGACAUGGACCAGGGGUUCUCUAACAUCUUUACCGGAAUCUACGGUGGCAAGGAAUGCGGAGAAGACCCUGGCCCAUUCGCAUCUCUGACUGCUGAAUACAUGCACAAGCAGGGCCAGGGCAUGGCGCCGUUGUCAACAUCCAGCGGUGAAAUGCAAGGUCUGUCGCCUGAAGCAUGGUCUGCCACCAGCAGUAGCGAUUUGCCGCACCCUCAAGAGCUCGCAACCCGGAGCGUAUAUUCCGACGAAAGCCUAGGGAGCAGAGACGAUACUUUGCUUCCGAACCUGCCAUUCGCUCUGGAAGAACGAAAUGGUAGCAUCCUGGAUCCAUUGCAGGGCGUCGUUAUUCCUCCCGGUGAUAAUGAAAUUGAUGAAUUCGGCCUAGUCAACGGCUGGGAUCGACGGCUGGCCGUCUAA